AUACUCUGAGAUAGCGCGUAGAUGAAAUUCAGUUUGGAAGAUUGAAGAUUGAGAUCGAAUGGAUCUCAAAUAUGGAAACUGUUGGAGCAGUUCAAAGGAUUCUUGGAAGAAUAUCCUGCUCUUAGCUUACCAAAGCCUUGGUGUGGUAUAUGGAGACCUGAGCAUAUCCCCACUUUAUGUUUACACGAGCACUUUUGCAGAAGAUAUUCAACACUCAGAUACCAACGAAGAGAUUUAUGGUGUUCUUUCAUUUGUCUUUUGGACUCUUACUUUGAUCCCUCUGUUCAAGUAUGUCUUUGUGGUCCUACGAGCUGAUGAUAAUGGAGAAGGUGGUACUUUUGCCCUGUAUUCAUUGAUAUGUAGGCAUGCGAAAGUAAGCCUUCUACCUAACAGACAGGUUGCUGAUGAAGCACUAUCUACAUAUAAAAUGGAACAUCCACCAGAAAAGAAAAACAGUUCAAGGGUGAAAAUGUUACUUGAAAAGCAUAAGGGCCUGCACACUGCUUUGCUGAUUCUGGUUCUUCUUGGUACUUGUAUGGUAAUUGGAGAUGGAUUGCUAACUCCAGCCAUAUCAGUUUUUACUGCUGUGUCCGGGCUUGAGUUAUCUAUGUCGAAGGAGCACCACCAGUAUGCGGUGAUUCCAAUUUCUUGCUUCAUAUUAGUGUGUCUAUUUGCACUUCAACACUAUGGCACACAUCGAGUGGGAUUCUUCUUUGCACCAGUUGUGCUGAUAUGGCUUUUAUGCAUUAGCGGCCUUGGCUUGUAUAAUAUAAUCCAUUGGAACCCACAUGUUUAUCAAGCUAUUUCUCCGUAUUACAUGUUCAAGUUCUUGAAGAAAACAAGGAUAAGUGGAUGGAUGUCUCUAGGUGGAACAUUGCUUUGCAUAACAGGCUCAGAGGCAAUGUUUGCUGAUCUUGGCCACUUCUCUUAUGCUGCCAUUCAGAUUGCCUUCACCUUUCUGGUUUAUCCAGCACUUAUACUGGCAUAUAUGGGUCAAGCUGCUUACUGGUCGCAGAAUCACCACUCAAGUCAUCCAAUCAGUUUUUAUGUCUCAGUUCCAGAUAGCGUGCGGUGGCCUGUGCUUGUAGUAGCAAUUCUAGCUUCUGUUGUGGGAAGCCAGGCAAUCAUCAGUGGGACAUUUUCUAUCAUAAACCAAAGCCAGUCACUUGGUUGCUUCCCUAGAGUGAAGGUUGUUCACACUUCUGACAAGAUACAUGGUCAGAUUUAUAUUCCUGAGAUCAAUUGGAUUCUCAUGAUCCUUUGCAUUGCUGUGACGAUUGGAUUUAGAGACACAAAACACAUGGGAAAUGCAUCAGGGUUGGCAGUGAUGACGGUUAUGCUAGUAACAACAUGCCUCACUUCCUUGGUGAUCAUCCUCUGCUGGCACAAGCCUCCUAUUAUAGCCCUUCUGUUCCUACUCACCUUUGGCUCUAUUGAGUUGCUUUACUUCUCAGCUUCACUCACCAAGUUCCGGGAAGGGGCCUGGCUCCCUAUCCUUCUAGCACUCUUCCUCAUGACUAUCAUGUUUGUUUGGCACUAUGCUACAAUCAAGAAAUAUGAAUAUGACCUCCACAACAAGGUUUCACUAGAAUGGCUUUUAGCCUUGGGUCCAAGCCUUGGAAUUGCUAGAGUCCCUGGAAUUGGCCUAGUAUUUACUGAUCUCACCUCUGGCAUCCCAGCUAACUUCUCCCGAUUUGUCACCAAUCUUCCUGCUUUCCACCGCAUCCUUGUCUUUGUCUGUGUAAAAUCAGUACCUGUCCCUUUUGUUCCCCCUGCUGAACGAUAUCUUGUGGGACGUGUUGGUCCCGCAACACAUCGAUCUUACAGGUGCAUUGUCAGGUAUGGAUACCGCGAUGUUCAUCAGGAUGUCGACUCCUUCGAAUCUGAACUUGUUGAUAAGCUAGCUGAUUUCAUCCGGUAUGAUUGGUGUCACCCUCGUGGAACUAGUCCAUGCAUAGAAGAUGAUGCAUCACGGUCCAAUGAAUCGAAUGAGUAUAGACUGGCUGUGAUAGGAACAGUGGCAUUGUCCGGCCAACCAACUUAUGAGAUUGAGGAGACCAUUCAGCCAGCAAGUGUGUCGGCAGAUUUUUCAACUGUAGAAAGCAUGAAAGAUGUCAUAGAGAUGGAACCGGUAGGUAGUGUCGAAAGAAGAGUGAGAUUUGCCAUUCAUGAAGAAUCAGAGACAGAUCCAAGAGCUGAGAUGGAAAUGCAGUUAAUGGAAGAGCUGGAAGAUUUGUAUCAAGCCCAACAAUCAGGGACGGCAUUUAUAUUGGGACACUCCCAUGUUAAAGCAAAGCAAGGUUCAUCUGUGAUGAAAAGAUUAGCUAUAAACUUUGGUUAUAACUUUCUGAGGAGGAAUUGCAGAGGACCAGAUGUGGCUCUUAAGGUUCCACCAGUUUCUCUUCUUGAGGUUGGCAUGAUACAGCAAAACAUGGGAUUAAGAACUCUGCCUUUGACACCAACACAUGGAAAUUUACUUCCUAAUUUGAGAGUUUCUCAAUUGCCCAACCAUGGGUUUAACCCAAAGGGAUCUAAAUUUAGAGUCUUAGCCAAGCAAGACAAGGGCAAUAAAGAAGAAUCCAAGAGCAAGCAAUCAUUAUUUAGCAGUGUAACAGAGGCACUUGAUUUUUCUCAAGUUAGGUCUGCACAGGAUGCUGAGCUUCUCCAAGAGGCUAGAGAAGCCACAAAGUCAGGAGGGAGGAUGAACAGGGAACAGUAUGGGGCUCUCAGAAGGAAAAUUGGAGGGACAUACAAGGAUUUUUUCAAAUCCUACGUUGAAGUGGAUGGGCAAUAUGUGGAAGAAGGAUGGGUGGACAAAACUUGUAAGGUUUGCAAGAAAGACACCGCUGGUGAGCCGAGGCAAGUGGACAAGCUAGGCAGAUAUGUUCAUGUGGCUUGUUUGGAGAAGUCCAACUCAGGAAAUUUUUUUACUAGGCUCUUCUCUAGAUAAAAAGGGUUUUGAUUUUGUAUGGAAAUUUUCAGAUACAGUGAUUGAAAGUUGAUAGAGCAAAAUGGAAAAUAUUUUUGCUUUAAUUUGUAUCAUGUAAUUUUGAGUUUAUCUAUAAAUGUCAUUCUCAGACUUGGUAUU